AUGAAUCAAUAAAUAUUCUUUGGAUAUUCAAGAAUAUGUUUAAUAGUAAUGCAAGAAUUUAAACUUUUUCAUGAAACUAAGCACAAGCAAAUAAAAAGAAAUUAGCUAAAUUAUUUUGGUGUUUUAUUUGAUAAAUAGGCUUUAUUUAAUAUUGAAGAAUUAAUUAUUUAAUACUUAAAUAAUGAAGAACUACUGAAGAAAAUAAUAAACUAAAAGUUAAUAAGGUUUAAUCAGAAAUAUAUUUUUGACCAAAAAAUUUAGAGGCAAUAGAGCUAAGCUGAUCUAAGCUAACAAAGCUAUUUGAGAGUUUAAAAAAAGAAAACCAAUAAUUGA